AAAAUGUUUUCUCACUCGUCUUUUGUUUGAAUCAUUAAGUCUGUUUUCCCCUUCGCGCUGCCGUACACGGAUUUUGUCCCAUCUGGGCCCCCGUCCGACUCCAUGGCAACGCAACUAGCGCCACAGCUAACAGUUUAGCAUGUUUGCAGCCUCGGCAGGCGGAUUAUAUUUAUAUUUUUAUAUGUUUAUAUAUUUAUCUGUUUAUCUUUGUUUCCACUGUUCACGGUCAGAGACGAACAUGUAAAUUCUUCUUCCGCCGUUUCUAUGAGUCACACAGGACGGAUUCACAGGUGAUGUGAGCCCGGGGACAGGUGAAGGUGUCCUGUGUCCUCUCAGAACAAAGACGAUGCAGGUGUUGCCUGUUUGGGGGCUCGCCAUCCCUCUCCCAGCUGUGCUGAUGAUAACUCUGGGUAUUUACAUGAUGGUGCUGGGCGUUGGGCUGUGGAUCCGAUUCUGGCUUAAGGACCGCUGUUGUUCAGAUUGUGGCGAUUGCUGUCCAAACAUUUCUGUGAGCGAGCAGUGCUUCAGAUUGGCAGAAACAUGUGACUGUCGUCUGCCGACCGUGCACUCCUGUUGGACCAAAUCGUGCCCGUCUCCUUCUUGUGCCAAAUGGGACUGUGCCUGCACCUGUCAGCCUCCUGAGUGUGACUCCUGCAACUGUCUGUGCUUCGAGAUCAGGAUCAGGUAGAAGAAGAGGACGGACUGUCAGCUCACUGACUACAAGUACCUCAGUCCUUUAAAUGUUAUUUUUGAAUUCAUCUUCGUCUGUAUUGGAGAGUUUACGGUGCAGAGAUGGCAGGAAAACAGAGACCAGAGCGUCAACGUGACGCUUCACGUGACUUUUCUUUUCA